AUGGAGCUCGUGAAGCAUCACCAUGAUCAUAACCCAUCUCUGAAACUGUCCACCAAUCCCAAAUUUCAAAGGAGAACCAUCCAAACUGUGGUUUCGGUCUCCAUCUUUUCCGGGCUGUUUGUGUUCCUCCUCUCUACUUUUCUGGUCCCGCUUUGCUUCCACUCCUUCAAGAGCUUCCAUGUCCCUGCAUAUUUCAUGGAGCUGCAGUCUCUCCUCUACACCCCCAGCAAGAAGAACAUGUUCUUCCUCUGCAACGGGAUCUUGAUGAUCCUUCUUGGGAGCUCCGGCCUCAUCGAGACUGGACGGUCUGAUGGCGUCGCCCCUUCUGGUCCACAGGCUGCACACGACGAUCCUCGUUUCAGUGGACACGUUCAUGAUAUCUCGAAUGAACUGAAGGAGCAAAGCAGCAUGACGAAAGAAGAAAUCCCAGAACGAGGAAGUGAGCUGAGGAUCACUGUGGUGAGUCAUCAUGAUGAUGAUGAAAUUGAGGAUGCGUUGAGCAGAGAUGAACCCUUGAUCACUGAGCAUGCAACGCCAGAGCAACCAAGGGAGCUCAUGCAGAUCACUGAUGGAGCAGUUACUGAUUACAACGUCGAUGGUAAUGACGAUGGAGCAGAUCGGGAGUUGAGCGUCGAGGAAUUGAACAGAAGAUGCGAUGAAUUCAUAAAGAGAAUGAAAGGAGAACUUUGA